GUGGAGCCCCCCUCCCCUCCGGGGGGGGGGGGGGGAGGCUGACCAUGAGGAGCCGCCGCGGGAGAGGAAGGCCUUGUUGAGACCCCUCUUCUUCCCCCUUCCCCCGCCAACGGGAGCAAGGCUGGGAAAGCGUCCGGCGAGGCCCCUCAGCAUGGGAGCCGCCGCCGUCGCCGGCCCGUCCCCCGCCGGGGGCAGCGGCAGAGGAGCGGCCGGGUGCCCGGGAGGCGCCCUGGGCUGAGGGAAACCGGCGGCCCCCCCUCCACCCCCCCCCCACCGCGGUGUGGGCGGCCGUUCCUUUCUUCUUUCCAAAACAAACCGACAGCGCCAUCGGCCUCGCCUCCAUCCGGGGCUUUUAAUGCCCCCCCGGGGAGGGAGAGGAUGGAGCUGGUGGGAGACUUCGAGUACAGCAAGAAGGACCUCAUAGGACACGGGGCCUUCGCCGUGGUCUUCAAAGGCCGACAUCGCAAGAAAACGGAUUGGGAAGUUGCUAUAAAAAGCAUUAAUAAAAAGAACCUAUCAAAAUCACAAAUUCUGCUUGGAAAAGAAAUUAAGAUCUUAAAGGAACUUCAGCAUGAAAACAUUGUGGCCCUUUAUGAUGUCCAGGAAUUGCCCAACUCUGUCUUCUUGGUGAUGGAGUAUUGCAAUGGAGGAGAUUUGGCAGAUUACUUACAAGCUAAAGGGACUCUUAGUGAAGACACCAUUCGGGUAUUCCUGCAGCAGAUUGCAGCUGCCAUGCGAAUUCUGCAUGGCAAAGGAAUAAUCCACAGAGAUCUUAAACCACAGAACAUCUUGUUGUCUUAUGCAAGUCGUAGGAAGUCGACCAUCAGUGGCAUUCGUGUAAAAAUAGCGGACUUUGGUUUUGCCCGUUAUCUUCAUAGUAACAUGAUGGCAGCCACCCUCUGCGGAUCACCUAUGUAUAUGGCUCCUGAAGUAAUUAUGUCUCAACAUUAUGAUGCUAAGGCAGAUCUGUGGAGCAUAGGGACUGUGAUAUACCAGUGCCUGGUUGGAAAACCACCUUUUCAGGCCAAUAGUCCACAAGAUUUAAGAAUGUUCUAUGAAAAGAACAGGAGUCUGAUUCCUAGUAUUCCCAGAGAAACAUCGCCUUAUCUGACUGACCUUCUGUUGAAUUUGCUUCAGCGAAACCAAAAAGAUAGAAUGGACUUUGAAGCAUUUUUCUGUCACCCUUUUUUUGAACAAGUUCCCAUCAAAAAAUCCUGUCCAGUUCCAGUCCCCAUGUAUGCUGGUUCAGUCUCUGGAAGCUCUUGUGGCUCUCCAUCUUGUCGCUUUGCCUCUCCACCAUCCCUACCAGAUAUGCAGCAUAUUCAGGAAGACAACUUAUCUUCCCCGCCAUUGGGACCUCCAAAUUUUCUUCAAGUGUCCAAAGAUUCUGCCAGCACAAGUAGCAAGAACUCUUCUUGUGACACAGAUGACUUUGUCCUGGUCCCACAUAACAUCUCAUCAGAUCAUUCAUAUGAUAUGCCAAUGGGAACUGCUGGGAGACGGGCUUCAAGCGAGUUCUUGGUGUGUGGAGGGCAGUGCCAGCCGUCUCCUUCACCCCGCAGUGAAACGGCACCCAUUCCAGUCCCCACUCAGAUACGGAAUUACCAACGCAUAGAGCAAAACCUCACCUCCACUGGUAGCCCCGGAUCCAACCCACAUGGCUCUCCAAGGUCUGCUGUGGUGCGAAGAUCUAACACCAGCCCUAUGGGUUUUCUCAAGAUGGGCUCCUGCUCUCCCGUGCCCGCAGACACAGUACAGACCGUCGGUCGCCGACUGUCCACUGGCUCCUCCAGGCCAUACUCCCCUUCUCCCUUAGUUGGCACCAUUCCUGAGCAACUUGGCCAUUGUUGCUGCGGGCAGCCCCAGGGCCACGAGUCCAGGAGUAGAAACUCUUCAGGUUCACCAGUGCCACCUUCUCAGUCACCACAGUCGCUCUUGCUAGGUGCCAGGCUGCUCACAGACAUCUACCAGAACAAGCAGAAGCUCCGAAAACAGCAUUCCGACCCCGUGUGCCCAUCCAGUGCGGGGUAUGGAUACAGCCACUCGCCACAGCCCAGCCGGCCGGUUAGCCUCGGCACCUCCCCCACCAAGCACACGGGGUCAUCCCCUAGAAGCUCGGACUGGCUCUUUAAAACCCCGUUACCCACAAUCAUUGGCUCUCCCACUAAGGCUACAGCACCUUUCAAAAUCCCUAAAACCCAAGGAACCUCCAACUUGCUGGCCUUGGUCACGCGGCAGGGACCCACUGACGUGCCCUUGCCCUCCAAAGGUGGGGCCGACCCAAGGGAGUUCUCGAAUUUCCUCACAGUCCAAGGAAGCAAAAGACCUGCAGCAGAGCAGCAGAGUAAGGCCACGUUUGGCAGAUCUGUAAGUACCGGAAGGCUGUCAGAUCAACAAAUGAAAACACCUCUGGGUGGACAGUUGUACCAAGGCAGCACAGAGAGUCUGAAUGCCGAACGGCCAAUGGAUAUAGCUCCUGCAGGAGCCUGUGGAGUAAUUUUAGCACAACCUGCUGCAACAGGAGUGAGUUCUAGGGCUGUAAUGUUUACUGUAGGAUCCCCUCCAAAUAGCGCUACACCUCCCACCUGUACUCAUAUGGUCCUUCGAACCAGAACAACUUCAGCUCAAAAGGGGCAGGGAGCAGACAUUCUCCAGGGGGUGAAAGUUGGAUCUAACAGUUCUGGAGGGUCUUUGUGCUCAACUAGUGGCCGAGUAUUUAUGGGGUCCCCUCCUGGCCUUUACAUGGGAUCGUCUCCACCUGGGGCAGAAGCUGCUCCAAGCUUGAAGUACACACCUUAUGGUAAUUCGCCUCCCAGCCUAGAGGGGUUCAUCACUUUUGAAGCUCCUGAGCUGCCAGAAGAAACCUUAAUGGAGAGAGAACACACUGACACGCUGCGUCACCUCAGUAUGAUGCUGACAUUCACUGAGUGCGUAUUGGACCUGACAGCAAUCCGGGGAGGAAAUCCAGAGCUGUGCACUUCCGCUGUGUCUCUCUACCAGAUUCAGGAGAGUGUAGUUGUGGAUCAGAUAAGCCAGCUCAGCAAAGACUGGGGGCAAGUGGAGCAGCUGGUGCUGUACAUGAAAGCGGCCCAGCUGCUGGCCUCGUCUCUACAUCUUGCUAAAGCCCAGAUCAAGUCGGGGAAAUUAAACCCAUCCACUGCUGUGAAACAAGUUGUCAAAAACUUGAACGAGCGAUAUAAAUUCUGCAUCGCCAUGUGCAAGAAGCUGACGGAAAAGCUGAAUCAUUUCUUCUCCGACAAACAAAGAUUCAUCGAUGAGAUUGACAGUGUGACGGCAGAGAAGCUCAUCUACAACUGUGCUGUGGAGAUGGUUCAGUCAGCAGCCCUGGAUGAGAUGUUUCAGCAGACAGAAGACAUCGUGUACCGAUACCACAAGGCAGCCCUCCUUUUGGAAGGCCUGACUAAGAUCCUCCAAGACCCCGGGGAUAUUGAAAAUGUACACAAAUAUAAAUCUAGUAUUGAAAGGCGAUUGUCUGCACUCUGCUAUAGCACAGUGACCGUGUAUGAACAAUAACCAUAUUCAUGGACCAGGUGGUGACAUUGUACAGGGACCACUGUUCAGUGAUAUGGCACUUUUGGGCUAUAGCUCAGAUGUUGGAUUCUCCCCAUGAGCGACGGCUUUCAAAUGGGUGACUACCAAAGAAACAAGCAGUGAAGUCAAAGAGGAAAAGUUCCAAAUCCCCCAACAACACAUAUAGGAAAUUUGCCUUAUUGAGAAACCACUCCUCCCCUUUCCGCAGAGGAACAGAUUUGAAAGGAAUCCACCUUUAUUUCUGUUUGAACUUCAUUAAUGUGCUUCCUAUUGGCUAGAACAAUCAGUAAAAUUCUUCUUCUAGAGGGAAAUUGACUGGGACUUGGGUCCUGGUUCCCGAGGUUCCCCGGUGGGGUACGCAGUACCAAGUGGAGGAGAGCAGAGAUCCUUCCAGUGUUGCCAGAAUCAAACUGCUUGAAAAUCACUGACGGAUAAAAGUGGAAAAACUCCAGGCUCUUCCUGUUCAGUGUUUGGACUGAAGAAUGUCUGGAUCUGAACGUGCAUCUCGCCAAAGGCAGCUUAGCGACCUGUCGGGGAAGAAAGGGGGAGAAACGUCUAUUAGGAGGAGGAGCAGAGGCAGCUCUUGGAAGAAAUUGGGCUCCACGUGUUUGAAAUCCCCGGUUGGAGAUGUGGAUACAAUUCGAUCUUCUUCCGAAACAUUUCGUAUUGCACUAUUUGCUAAAAGCAACUGUAUAUUGGAUUUUACAGAACUCUGUUUCAAACCAGAUAAGGCACAACAGACUUCUAUAAAGGGUUUCAUUUCAUUGUAUAUAAAUCCUUUUCAAAAUUUCAAAUGUAGCUUCUAGAAGACUUUUAAACCAAAUGUAAAAACCUGCAUUCAUGUGAUCCUUACCCUCUCCCACCCGACCUUUUAUUUUAAAACUUAUUUGUCUAACAUGUACUUGAGUAACUACUGCUACAGAUCUUCCCUAUACUGAAAGUAUUUUCAGUGGCUGGUCAUUUGCUUUUCCUUUAAGGUUUGGUUGCAACUCUUGUGCAUGCAGGAUAUGCUUUAAUGCCUGUGAUGUCUGUGGUAUUCUUUAAAGCUCUCGGAAUACAGCUCCUUGAGCAGUAUUAGAUAAAUACUGUAGUCUGAAAGGUUCUCUCAAAAACUCUGAGGGCAAAGCAAUGGUUGGGAAUCUAGAUGCUUGUUUAGUGAUGUGGAGUGUCUGUGUAAGGUUAGUUUAAAAAAAAAAUCAGAUUGGUGUUGAAGUGGGAUGUUUUCCCACAACCAGACGGGCACCUGUCAUUUCAAGCAAAGUCCCUUUGAUUCACCAAAUAGCAAGUCGUGGAGAGGGUAGACUAACAUCAUACAACUCUGGAAAUGGUUCCAAUAUUUAAUUUUGUUUUUGUUAACUGCUUGAAUACUUGAAUAAACCAUUCUCCGGAGCAAAUCAUUUUAAUCCUUUUAGAUAACGUGGUCGGAACUAUUUGACAAAGUUGUACAGCAGUCCUCUGGCCUUGAUAUCGUUCAAGCGUACUGAUACAACCGUGGGUUUUCCUUUAUUUUGACAAAGUAAUGUAAUUUUUACCUUAUUUAUCUGUAAGAGAUUCCAACAGUUAAUUUGAAAGUUUAUUUAUAUAAUGUUUGUAUUUCUAGGUCUUUAAUACAGUGUUUCUACCUCUCAUUUGUAACUGCAUGCAUUAUUCUUGAAACUAGGUAAUAACUCACUUAACUGUCGCGUCAUUGCCUUUUUAUUAUGGCCUGUAUAAAUGUAUAGGACGGUAAAAUAAAACUGACAAGAAAGUG